ACUGUCGGCGCCGUGUUGUUCGAAACCGUUCAGUUCAUAGCUGGUUUAGGUGCAAGCAACUACAAGUGCGUCUCUGUGAAUAACCGCGGCAUGAAGCGUCGCGGCGCGGGACUCUUUGCUUCCGUCGCUUUGUGGACGCUUCUACUGCAUCUCACGGAUGCCGACUGGUGGCAGCUCGGAUUGCCAGUUUCCAUGACCAAUUCGGUAGACUUGACACCGGAGGCCCAUAAAGAACGCUGCAGCAAAUUAGAGUACCUGGUUGAGAGCCAAAAACAACUGUGUUCACAAUACGAUAGGAUAUUACCGGUUAUAGGAAAUGGCGCCAGGUUGGCGAUGGACGAAUGCCAACAUCAAUUUAGGAAUAGUAGAUGGAAUUGUACAGCGUUUCCCGAAAAAAAUGUAACGUUUGGAAAUGUGAUCACAAUUAGAAGUAGAGAAGCAGCGUACUUAUCAGCAGUAUCAGCAGCAAGCGUAGCUUUUGCAGUGACGCGAGCGUGUUCGAAAGGCGAUUUAACAGACUGUUCCUGCGACACGAGAAUGCGCCAGAAGAAAUCGCACAAAUGGAAGUGGGGCGGCUGUUCCGAAGACAUCAAAUACGGAGAGAAAUUCAGCCGAGACUUUUUAGAUUCCAAAGAGGAUGACAAAACAGCGGACGGACUUAUGAAUCUUCACAACAAUGAAGCAGGAAGAAGAAGUGUCAAAUCGCGAAUGGUCCGUACUUGUAAAUGCCACGGAGUGUCUGGCUCCUGCAGUAUGCAGAUUUGCUGGAGGCGCCUCCCACCCUUUCGGAAGGUGGGCGACGCCCUGUUCCAAAGAUACGAAGGCGCCUCUCAUGUGAAAUUCGUCGAGAGGAAGUGGCGGAAGAAACUGAAAGCGAUCAGCGCCGAUCUGAAGAAACCCAACAAAACGGAUCUGGUGUAUUUAGAUGAUUCUCCGGAUUAUUGCGAGAAAAAUGAAACGCUCAGUAUUUUGGGGACCCAUGGCAGAAUAUGCAAUCGGACCAGUCAAGGGAUUGACGGUUGCAGAUUGUUGUGCUGCGGCAGAGGCUACCAGACGCGGGUUCGCGAAGUGGAAGAGAAAUGCAAGUGCCACUUCGUGUGGUGCUGCAACGUCGUCUGUGACAUUUGCAGGUAUAGGAGAGAAGAACACGUUUGCAACUAGACUAUGAACUGACGAUCGACUGAAGAUACCGAAGACUACGAUAUUAUACUCAGAAAACGUCCUCAUCGUAUUAACAAAGAGAGAACUCUUCAUUUUCCAUUUUUCAAACUGUAGAUAAUUGUAAUGACUCGUUUUCUCAAAAUUUGUCUGUUUAGAGUUAGAUGGUAGACGUUUUAUACAAUUUUAGGAUCCAAAAUUGUACACAUUAUCUGUUGCAAUUAUCUCAAACUCACGACUGCUUCGACCAUUCUCAUCCAGUAAAUGUAUCAUCACGUUGUAUAUUUAUUUAUGUGUUUGCACCUAGUACAUAAAUAAUUUUAAUAAUGUGGAAUGUAUUGAGAUUUAUAUAGAUCUGUACAUAGAUUUUUAAUAUAUUUAUUAGGUACUUAACUGUAGUAGAGCUAAGUUCAUUGUACAUAGUAACAUAGUUAAUUUAAACAAAACGUAAUUUAUGUCGUGUUCAAUCAAAAUAUUAAAACUAGCUCAUCUAUGAACUACUCUGGUGAUAAAAUUUAUUUUUCCAGUGUAUUACAUGUGCCAUAAAAUCCAUUCGAUCCGACGAUUUAUCUUAGAAACUCUUUCGUCUCUACUGUGUUUAUAAAAAUCGACACCGUAAUAAAUUAUUAUUAAUAAACUCUUUGUGUACAAAUUA